AUGUCGCUCUUUGCCAACGGGUAUGGUCUCGCGGCUGCUUACUUCGCUACCCGUUACCUCAUUGUUAUUGAUGAAGCAAAACUCGCAGAAAAGUCAAUGGAGCUGUGGACGAUGAAUUAUCUAGAGGAUAAUACUGAGUGGAAGGGAGAAGGUUUACGUAGCCAUCUGAAUCAGUUUCCUUCACACCCUACAGAUGGAUGGCAUGGCGGCGGUAUUGGCGGUGACGACGCGAUACUGGGCACCUUGCUCAUCGUCCUGGUCUUCUUGCAAUUACCGCGCCUCACCCUCACCAACACCGAGGGGGCAGAGGGCGUCAACUACCGCCUCCCACAGCGCACCACCAUCAACGGCAGUUUCGUGGUGGCGGAGGGGUUGAAGGUGACGCGGCAGGAGCUGACGGCAUGUGUAUGGGCGAGGGUGACCUACUUCAGGCGACCCUCCAUAGCACUGAGUAUGGGCAGCAGGGACGCCACCAUCGGGGACAUCAGCGUGGGUGUGGUGCCGCAAGGGGUGAUGCUACGUCAGGGACGCUCCGUAUGGAUGGCGGCGGCAGUGGUGGUGCCACUUUCCUGGUACCACUUCUGCCUCGCCCUCACGCCGCGGAGAGUCACUCUCUACUUAGAUGCCCGUCGCCUCCUCCAGGUGAACCCCAAUACAGACCUGUUUAAGGGAGAGCUGCGGGCGGUGAUGGGGGGCGGUGUGGUGUGGCCGAACACUUCCCCACUCACCUUCACUUUGAAGGGGCCGACAGAUGACGAUUGGGAGGCGCUGCGCGCAACUCAAGCCAUCAACACGGUGGUCGGCUCCUUCGCUGGUGACCUGCUGUCCCCCGAGGUGUGGAGUGUUGAGCUGAAGGAGCAGCAGGUGGACCAACUCUUGUCUUGCACCGUCCUGAGCGACUCACCGCGGAUACGGUCCGUCACCUGGCAGACCAUGGGCCCGAACAUCAAACAAUCUUCGGCGAACAACAGCGACCCCUGCGAGAGGCGGCGGUUCGAUUAUCUCUUGUUUCCGGAACCCAUGAAUUACGAAGAAAACUUCCAGCUUUGUGUUAAACUCGACAUGGACAUGAUAAGGCCGCGUAAAGGGCGGGACUACGACAGAGUGUUUGCCGAGGCAAUGGGCUACCCAGCGUGUGCAGGUGCAGGAAACAGACGGAUUUUGUGGCUGGCAAGGACUGACAACACGUGCCCUGCUCUGACAAACUCUGGCCAGGAGUCUGCUCCGUGCACUUCUCGCCUGUGUGGGGGCUGCCAACUGCAGCCACAGCGGCGGCGGAUGUUCAUUAUGCGGGGCCUAUGUCCUCUGCCUGAUGCAGACUUCGCUUUUGUCGCGACAUCCAGAGACUCUGCCAAACCUUACUUCCAGGGCGUUGAACGAUACAGCAUCGGGAACUCCAAGGACACGUGGGAACUGCGCGAUGAGGUGGAGGGUCAAGUAUUGGCCACCACCUCCGGGGGUGACCCGAUGGGCGCCCGUCAGUGGCAACUGAACUCCGGCGUGUGCGGGGCCGAGGAGCAGCAGAUGGUGAAUGUGUCGCUUAGUUCGUGCGGGAAGGAACAGACGCUGUGUCGGACAGGUAUGUGCAUCCCUCUCGAGAGGCGCUGUGACGGCUACCCGGACUGUCCUGAUGGCUUCGAUGAGGAGGGAUGCCAACCGGUUCGCAGGUCCGAAGGCUACUUGGUGAAUUCACCACCACCUAACCCGCCGACGAUGAUUGACUUAAAGGUGCAGAUGACCCAGGUGUUGUCGACGGAGCCGCUCACGAUACUCAUCAACACGAAGCUCACCUGGCGGGACCCGCGCCUAACCUUCGCUAACUUGCUCAACAACGAGGACAUGCCGGUACCGCUCACCUCUCUCAUGUGGCGGCCGCGACUCAUGGUGUUGAAGGAGGGCACUGCCUCGCCCGAGGACCUCACCCGCAUGUCACAAGCCUCGGCGGGGGAGGCAGGAGAGGAGAGCCUGUCGCUCACCGCUACCACCACCACCUUCCCGGUGCCGGACACCCGCGCCACACCGGCCAUAGACACACUCUUCCCCGGUGCCAACACCUCCAUCUCCCUGACGCAGUACUUCCGGCAGCCUCUCAACUGCUUCUUCGACCUGAGCUUCUACCCUUUUGACGUGCACGUGUGUGAGCUGCCCAUGGUGCUGCUGCCCCACGAGGCCCGCCACACGCGCCUCUUCACAGGCACCAACAGCGCCAAGUUUACUGGGUUCAAGGGAUUGACCGACUUCGAAAUUGAGGAGUUUAGUAUCAAACUUCAGGAUGCGCAGCUGGGUGGCCGUCAGCACAGCGGCGUGGUGCUGCAGGUGCGACUGGCGCGCCUGUCUGCCUUCACCGUGCUAGCGGUCUACUUGCCCUCCUUCAUCCUUCUGGUGGUGAGCACGGGGUCAUUGUGGGUGUCGCACACCUCACCUGCCCGCCUGGUGCUGAGCUGUGGUGUGGUUGGCGCCUUCCUCAUGCUGUGGGUGAUCACCGCCCUCACCAGCCCCGCCUCGGGCAAAGUCAAGGCAAUCGACGCUUGGCUGUGCUUCUGCACCAUGCACACCUUGCUGCACGUCAUGCUGCACGUGCUACUCGAGGUAUUCGCAGAUGACAUUAAUGUGCCGCCACUGUUCUCCAGGGUGGUGUCGCGCGCCACCACGUCCCGCACUCGCGAGGUGAAGCCCAUCGACACCAACAUCUACGACAGUCUCAUGCUGCGCGACGCUGACGACGGCAAGACCUGGACCGUCAACUACUGGAUUUCUUUCAUCGCCAGGGUGGUCUCCCCUGCCCUCGUCUUCUUCUUUAAUGUCUCCUAUUGGCCCUUUGUGUUCUAUUUCAGCACCGAAUCUUUGCCGUAACGACGCCCACUGCACCAGUUUGUACUGCUCUCAGGGUGUUCCUAUCUCUCUCACACACACACACACACACACACACACACACACACACACACACACACACACACACACACACACACACACACACACACACACACACACACACACACACACACACGUUUUAUAAUGACAUUUCACAAAUCACAAGGUGCACCACACAUUCAAACGUUGUGUCGUGGGUCCAACACACACUGCGUAUGUCGGUUACUUUUGUACCACGUGGUGUGUGUAUCCACUUCUCAGGUAUACUGCUGGAUGAGUGUGUUUCCUCGAGUCCCCAGUGCCACAUCUCUCACUACUUACGUCGCAAUCUGUCGUCCCCUUCCCCUCUCUCGUGAGCUGUCUCCCCCUACGGAAUUUGUAUGCAAUCCUCUAAACAACCGUAUCAUCCCUGCAUCACCUUUUUUUUCGAUUAUACAACAGAACUGUUAGCUAUGAUGAUACAGUUUUGGUUGUUAAUCCGAAAUAAUUUUUCAUAAAACAAAGCCAGUAAUAACAUAACUGGAUAAGCAUGAGAAAUAAUUAAAAAUAAGUCUUAUAAAACGGGAAACAACAAAGUUUCUGAGAUUAAACCACGAAUUAAUCUAAAUCCCGAGAGUUCCUUGUGUUAUUUACAGUUCCAGGAGACGAUUCAUGACAUGCUUAUGCUUAUAAUCAGAGACAAAUAGAGAGCUGUCCAUCAGGCAGCUCAAAGUUUCCCUACAGAUCCAGCUUAGUUCAUCAGGAAUCUUGCAAAAAACUUUUACCGUGAGUUUCCUUCCUUUCCUUUUCUUUCAUCUUUUUUUUUCUUUACUUUUUUGAGUCGUGUGGCACUGCGGAAACACCACCACUGCAAUCUUAAACAAAAACACAAUAGGAAUAUAACAUAAGCGACUUUCCUGCAGCACAAAUAUAUCUCUUUUUCCCUCCAUCCUUCCAUUCCUCCCGGCCAGGCAAUGCGGUCAGGGGUAGGGAAGCUUUGACACGCACUGAUCUGUCCUGCGAGGGGCGAUAAGGGUCAUUCCUGGAGGGAGGAGUGAUGGUCAAGGAGAGCGGGAGGGAAGGAGGGAGGAGGGGGGAAGUACGAAGCAAUGGUGGCAAAUAUUUUCUGCCUGGGAUGUUAUCGACUGCGCAAUAUUCAGAUACUUAUCGAUCUUCACUGACUAGUCAUAGGGAAGUGGGUGGAAGAGGAGGGAGGGGAGAGGGAUAUGGGUGGGUUGGAGAAGUGGGAGCACUGCGGGUGGAGGAUCGGGUUGGGAGGUGUCACACAACCCAGGCAGACGAGACGGGUCAUGUACAAAAAACAAAGACGCACAUUUAGCUUUAGAGUACAAGACGUUUUA